AUGACCCUAGACAAUCCUGCGGAGCAAUUUCUCCGCCCGCCAAGUGAUAAUGAGGAAUAUGCACCAGUAUAUCGGCAGCCGUCGGCAUAUUCCCCGCUCUCUACCUUCGUCUUGCCACGGGGAGAAAUGAGGCACUAUCAGCAGCAAUAUGCUGACAUUUACUUUUUGCGAUUGGCGAGGUUGAAGCCUGCCGUUACAGAAAUUGCGGUCGCUUCAUGGGAAGGGUUUAAUAUUGCAGGAGAGUAUGCAAGGCGGGUAGACAGAGUGCUUGACGUACGGCAAGGCGAACUAUGUUGGGUCGCUGGCACAAUCUAUAUGGAUCUUCCCUUGAAGCCUAACAUUCUAGACGACAUUUCAAAAGAACACUGGACUGCAGCCCCUCCUAGUCGAAAAACAUAUGUUGAUUCUUCGAAUCAAUCAUUGACAAAGACCAUGCUAGAGGAUGAGUCAGGCCGUUUGCAACUGACCGGAACUUUACUACAAUCAUCUCUUCUCGUCACAGGCGCAAUUGUUGCAGUCCUCGGCACGGAGAACGCCAAUGGCGAUUUUGAAGUCAUCGAUAUUAAGGUACCCGAUCUACCGCCUCAGCCCGAGCGUUGGGAGAGGUCAUCUGCUCAUCAAGAGCCUACUAAGCGGAAGCGCAGUUCUCUCGAAGAAAGUAGCGACGGAACUGAAGGGAAAAGAAAAAGGAUAGCCCUAGUCAGCGGUCUUGGUAUCACCGGCACUUCAGGAGACACACUGGCCUUGUCCCUCUUAACAGAUUACCUUCUUGGAUAUAACGAGCCUCCCAUUCAAACACACAACGGCAAUAACCCUCCAUCCUCGUCCCAAAUAACCCGCCUCAUAAUUGCCGGAAAUUCCCUUGGUGGUAGCAUGAUUAUCCCUCAUUCAGAAGCUGAAAAGGCGGACCCCGCCCUGGCGAAAAAGCGUCACGCCCCUAAAAAGUACGGUUACGAUGCCACAGCUUACAACGCUUCGCCAAUAAAUCAUUUCGAUUCAUUUCUCGCUGAGAUUCUUCCAAGUAUUCCCGUUACCCUUAUGCCUGGCGAAACCGAUCCCGCGAAUUUCUCACUGCCCCAACAGGAAAUUCACAGGGCAAUGUUUCCCCGUUCAAAGGCCUAUUGCUCUGCAGCGCGCCCAGGAGCGGCGGAGCAGGCCGCAGACCCAGGCUGGUUAGAUAAUGUCACGAAUCCCUGGGAGGGCGAGGUGGAGGGCUGGCGGUUUUGGGGAUGCAGUGGACAGAAUGUUGAUGAUGUGCUUCGCUAUAUAGAUUUGGAGGCCGAAGGGGAUAUCAUCCAGGGUAGUGAGAGUGACAAAGAUGGUGAGGCGCGAUUACAGCUAAUGGAAACCAUGCUAAGGUGGCGUUGCGCUGUACCCACCGCCCCUGAUACGUUAUGGUGCUAUCCCUAUCAAUCCCACGACCCAUUCACCCUCCAGGCCUGUCCGCACGUCUUUUUCGCAGGGAACCAACCAAGUUUCCGAACGGGAAUUGUCGAAGGCUCCGCCGCCGCUCUCUCUUCUUCGGAUAACGGUGAAGAGCAGAGUACCCGCGUACGCGUAAUAGCGCUUCCGAAAUUCAGCGAGACCGGCGAGAUCGUACUUGUUGAUGCGGAGACGUUGGAAGUGGAAGUUGUCAAGUUUGCUACCUUUGAGAAGGAGAGUGCGGAGAACCAUCGUGAUAGGGAUGUGAAAAUGGAAAUGGAUCCGAAAAUACAAGAAUUGUUAGCCGAACUCGAGCGAGAAAGAGCUGAACGUGAGCGAGAAAGAGCUGAACUUGAUCAAGAAAGACAAUGGCGUCAAGAUGCGGAAGCUGAGGCGAGAAGCGAAAGAAGACGGCGUGAAGAAGAGCAACAACGACGUGAAGAAGCAGAAACUUUGGCUGCGAGCUCAGAGUCAUCAACACUGCCUCUCUUUUUACAUGCUUGCCAUGAAUUGUUAGUCGCGAUCAAGAUCGUGACUGACCCUACUCAAACAACUCAAGGCGUGGUAACGAGACCAACAAAUCGGAGGGUUCCAACUCACAUCACGUUGUGGGACACAUUCAAUGAGGAGCAAAUGAAGGUGUGGCACAAGCUCAAUCAGCAUCCUCAUUUCUUGACAGAAAAGCUCUUCCCCUCUCUACAUCAGCUUGACUACGUCCGCCAACUUAUCAGCCCAAUUUCCUCGGAAUGGGAUCUUCGGUACUAUGAACGGGAAACGGUAGAAAAUCAAGUGCGGGCCAUAAUAGACCGAAUAUAUGAGAAUGACGAGCUUAAGAGAGCAUUCGGCUUGCGCGGAUCGAUUACCUUUGACAGCCAUCUUAACCUUGGGCUUUCAGUGCGGGCGGCUGAUUUGAACCCGGGUGAUCAGCAGUCAUCUAUUGAAUCCAUGGUUGGGACUGAAUCAAGUACUGGAAAGAGAAUGGGCAAGAAGAAUAAAGCAAAGAAAAAGGAGACCACAAUGGUCACAGGAGGACAGGCAGAUCGAUUCUGCAUCUAUCGCCAGGAUGGUGAUGAGCACAUCCCGGCGCUCGCUAUUGAGUACAAGGCACCCCACAAGCUCACUCGGAAUGAAAUUGUGAGAGGGCUGGCUCAGGACAUUCAUCCUUCCAAAGAAGUAAUUGAUAAGGACUCAGAUGAUUCUGAUUUCUACUCAAAGCAGUUAGUCGCUGCUGUCAUCACACAGUUGUUCUUCUACAUGAUUGUCAAGAGAGUCCGGUACAGCUAUAUGAUAUUACAACCCAGAUGCCGGCCACACACAGAUAUUGUACCUCAAUCAAGAAGCCCUUCCCCCUCAAUAUCUCCAUCUCCAUCUCCAUUGUCACCAUCCACACGUCAUGAACAAACUGUAAAUGCUCAAGCCUGCUCUAACCCAGAUCAAAAAUCUGGUAAGAAAGAGCAAUUCAACAAAGAUAGUGAUAUGAAUUGGAUAGAUCAUGCUGCUGAAUCACCAAAGAUUAAAAGCCAACCUUACUGUUCUCAGCAGUGCUUGCUGGCUCUACAAGACAAUGAUUCACUUGACACCUCCUGCCCGAACUAUCUAGCUCACCUUAAGCCACAGAUUCAGCCAGUGGAGUUUUGUACUCUUAUUCAAGAGCAGCUCUCCAGGGAUCAUGACCUGGAUGUCAACUGUUGCUCUCUCUACAAGAAGGGAAGUUGUGAAGCAGCUUUUAAAAUCCAUCUUUCAUUGCAUGGCUACACUCUACUUGCAAAGGGCGUCGAAUGCAACAAUUCACAUAAACUUGAACAUGAAAAUGAAGUGUAUCAUAGGCUUCACAAUAUUCAAGGAAACUAUGUUCCUGUUUGUCUCAGAAUUGUCAUGCUUGACCCAAAAUACCCAUAUUACUAUGACAAGGGAGUUUAUACUCAUAUGCUCCUUUUGAGCUGGGCGGGAAAGCUCAUCUUGGAAAUUAUGAAAUUGGAUAAUUCAGCAUGCGUGAUUGAGAUGACAUCACAGUCUCUUCAAGCAAUUCACCUUGCAGGUGUACUGCACCGUGAUGUCGAGCCACGAAAUAUUUUAUGGAAUGAGGACUGCAAUCGCCCUAUGCUUGUAGAUUUUGAACGAGCUGAGAUGCACAAUGCGCUAUCUGCGAUAUCACCGAACCUCAGACUAAAGAGGAAAAGGCUUGGGAAGAACAGAUCUACCUUUUCUAAAGAACUUUCGAAAGCUCAGAGCAGCCUGGAGCGGUGUAGGGAAUUGCUCCGUCAGAAUUCCACCUCAAAGUUCAAGGAAUAG